AUGAGGAGCAGAGGUGGAGAGCCGACUACCUGCAGCGCCCGGGAGAGCCGGGUUCCUCCGCCCGGGCCCAGCCAUGGGAGGAAGGAGGAGGCUGGUUUGGGAGGGUGUGUGGGGCUGGGGAAGCUCCAGCUGAUGCAAGCGAGAGCUGUGCCGCCUGCUCAGCGGGUUCCUGACGGCGUGGUGGGUGUGUGGAGCCGGGGCUGCCCUCAACUAGGGCGUCCAGCGGAGAGGGGAGCGCGCGGAGCCGUCCCCAAGGCUUGUUGGGCCAGGCAAGGCGAUAAUAGUGUUAUCACUGUUAGACCACCUAACAGUGGCUGGCUGGACCUGGGCGAGGAUGUUCUGGGCAUGCAGAGGACAUCAGCUGUGCUAAAGCUCAGAUUCCAUUUACUAGAAGCCCAGCAUAUUGAGACAGCUUUCACAGAUGGCGAAUCUGAAGGAGCUCUGGCUGAACAAGAGAACCAGCUAGAAGAACCUGCUGUAACCAAAUGUCUCUUUCUUUUCAUAACUCUUUUCUUCCUCUUGCAGAUCCGUGCUGGAUCAAGAGUCUUGUACAGACCAAUUUCGGCAUCUGUGUUUUCUAGGCCAGAGGUCGGGACUGGAGAGGGUAACUCAACACUUUAUGGGGCCCAAAAUGCUGUCUCCCGACUAGCACUUAGAGAAUUCCAGACUAGUGCUAUCAACAGAGACAUUGACACUGCUGCCAAAUUUAUUGGUGCUGGGGCUGCCACAGUAGGUGUGGCUGGUUCUGGUGCUGGUAUUGGAACGGUCUUCGGUAGUCUAAUCAUUGGUUAUGCCAGAAACCCUUCUCUGAAGCAGCAGCUGUUCUCAUACGCUAUCCUGGGAUUCGCCCUGUCUGAAGCUAUGGGUCUCUUCUGUCUGAUGGUUGCAUUCUUGAUCCUAUUUGCCAUGUAAAAGGAGAUCUGCCUGUACUAUUGGCAUUGGAAUGUAAUACUACAUAUUUUAUGGGACUCCCAAAAUGUUGGUGUCAUGGAAAUUGAUACUAUUUCCAAAGUCAUUUCAUUAAAGACAACAACUUUAACUGUCAA